GCUCGGGAGGAAGGCUGCGCGCAAGCGAGGGACGGAGAGCCAUCGGCCGCCAGGACAGGGCCGGAGGGACGAGGCGACACGCGCGCGACGCAAGACAAAUCGGAGCUUGGGAAAUCUCCCCGUCCCCCAAGCUUCAGAGGGGGGUAAAAUCAGAAAAUGUGUGUGAUGGUGGGAGAGAGAUCCGGGCUCGGCGACUCCUCGCAGCGCAUCCGGCUCCCGCACCCACCCGUGGAUCUGGCCACGGCUGUUGCGGACUCGUCUCGGGAAAGCGGAGGCCGAGCGCGCGUAGGGGUGCGUGUCUGGCUGGGGGUGCGCAGUGGCGGAAACAAGACAGGAGGCGGCUUGGGAAAAAGUGGAGCAGAAAUGGAAAAAUACAAACUCACCCGCUGCAAAUGGUCUCUCGGUGCAAACUAAGGUGUUUUCGGGCCUUUCCCCGCGCGCGCCCACUCCCGCCCGCGCGCGCACCCCGCGCACACACUCACUCGCGCACACACGCGCGCACACACGCACUCCCGGGCGAGGGCCGGGCCGCCGCGAGUACAGCGUGCAACCGCCACACAAUAAAUAACAAUAGAUUCCUCCGCUCCGGACUAGCUUCCCGGAGCCCAGCCAGCGCCGGUGGCGGCGGCGGCGGCGGCGGCAGAGGCGCGGGCAGCAACGGCCUGGGGGCGCACCCCGGCCCGACCCUCUACCUCCCGCAGGGGUCCCCUCUCCGCUUCACGCACCCCGCUGGGCACUCCAGCGGCCCCCCGAGCGGGAGCGGCUCCCUCUUUGCCGUUCGCCGGGGCGCUAGCGCCCACCCCCCUCCUCCCUCCCUCCCGACAUCCCGGAACAAAUAAAUAAAUAAGGCGCGCGAGAGAGGCCAACACGUCGCGGAGGGAGAUGUUGUUAUUUUUUGCUGUUGUGCGUCCCUGACGUCACAUCCACCUGCUGGGUAAACAACCGGGCUCCCAGAAAAAAAAAAUCGCA